AUGGGCUCGAUCGAUCUGUUGUGGGCUAAUGGGCUCGAUCGAUCUGUUGUGGGCUCAUGGGCUCGAUCGAUCUGUUGUGGGCUCAUGGGCUCGAUCGAUCUGUUGUGGGCUCCUGGGCUCGAUCGACCUGUGGGCUUGAUCGAUCUGUUCCUUGUGGGCCAAAACUCUCCCUGGAACUUCUUUAUCGUUGAACUUGAUGGGAGUAUUCCGACCCCAACAAGGUCCAACGACAAAAAUGUGACUUAUAAGCUACAUAAAGGUAGAUGGAAAGAGGCAGACUUAUCAAUCAAUAGGAUAUGGAGUAUUUGCUGUUCACCAUCAUCUUAUUGUGUAAUAGAGAACGUGUUCUACAAUUACAUCAAGGGCGGGAUUAUUCGGUUGUAUGACCCCAAACAAAGAGGAUGGACAGCUUUGAAGGGUUUUGAAGGAUUGCCUCGCUGGCCUGAUGCUACCCGCAUUCUCAAAUUGGCAGAUCAUGGUGGAAAAAUAGCCAUCUUGUGGAAGGAGUAUGACUCACGUUAUGAGAGAGAAACGAUUUGGUGUGCGGAAUUUGCGUUAGAAAAACGCCAAAACGGAGAAAUUUUGGGUACGCUUGAGUGA